AUGGGCAAGCGUGUUCCCCGCAGCAAGGUCAGGGAAGAUGGCAUUCCCAUCGACCCGGCCCUGACCGACCAAGCCUUCUUCGCUCCAAACCCUUUCCACUCCUCCCCCUCAGCCCCAAGCCAAACUCCUCCGCACUGGAGUGGAGUGAACCAGAGCCCACUGGUACAUACGGCUCUUCAGACAGAAUCCCCCAACCAGGUAAGACUCCAACAAGCACUCACCCAGGCCGCUUUGUCUAUGAAGGAUGUAGAGGCUAAAUCCUACCAGCUCCAGCGACAGAUUGCAGCCCAGGCGGCCCAGCUUCGUGAAGCCGAGUCAGCCAUCGAUCACCAGCAACAAUUUGUCGAAGAGAGCACCAGCACCGCCAAGCACCUCCGGGCGAACGUUUCCCAACAAUUGGCCAACACCGAGGCCCGCGAGGAGCAUAUCUCCUUACUAGAGAUGCGACUUGCUGAAACCAAUGCACAAAAUGCUAGAAUCAGCGUUCUUGCUCAAGAACGAACGGACUCAUACAACCAGCAAGUGCUUGCCAUGGUAUCCCGCAUUGUGGAGCUGGAGCGAGGUAUAGAAGAUGCCAACACAGAUCUUCUGAAUCACAAAAUGCUCGUCAAGGCAGAGAAACAAGACUGGAGACAAUUGCACGAUGCAAUGAAAGAAACCGAGAACCGCCGAUCCGACAAUUUUCUCCGGAUGACAGAUGCGGUUUCUCACUUAGACGAGAUGAUUUCUGUCCUUUCGGAUAAAAUCAAUGGUUUCGAGCGGACAAUGACCAACCCUUACCCACGAGGCGAAGUCGCCGUUCCCAACUCCUCUCGCCAACAGGGCCGCCCUAAUGUAUCGCCAGCAUUCAGUAUCCAAGACCUGAAUCUCCCUGCCAACCCCAACUUCUCUGCAGCUCAGCCUACCACCAUCAACCCUCUCUUUGCAGCCCAGCCUGUUAUCGACAACAACAACCCCUGCGCGGCCCAGCCCGCAAUCUUGAAGAAUGAAGCAACCAUGAGCCUAGCAGCCGACAUUCAGCCACAGUUUCUUGGAUCACCAGCGCCAUCUUCUGAGUCGAGUGUUGAUUCUUUAUCUUAUCAACUCCUUGCAGCAGUGGACGCUUUUGAAAGAACGGACUGGUAUGACGAGCGUGGUAUCCCCUACAAUGAGGAAUACGAGCUAGGUUUGCAUCUACGGGAGGUCCACAUGUCCGACGCCCCAGAGAAUGUCAUGCCAGUCAACACGGAGAUCACCAAUGCUCCAGUCGACAUGGCCGCUGGCUCAGGCUCAGGCUUGGGGAUUCUCCCCGAUGAUGUACUUGCCAGUAUCGCUGGAGCCCUCGAACAUGAGGAACAGCGACAACGCUUCAUGAUUCAUGAUUCUGGUGCUAGAUCGUUCGCCGAUGCACCCGCCACCACACAAUUUCACCAACCGAGUGAAGUUCCCAUUGUUGAUGUUACCAUGACCGACGCCCCUCCAACCAACCUUGACCUCCUCCCUCCAAGUUCCCAUAUCGCAUGGAACGGAGUCUUGGAUCCUGCGGCAAGCGCACUCAGCGCCCCGGAGAGGAAGCGGAGUCGGCAGGUGCAUGGAUUUUGGGAACCCGAUAAUCGUUCAGCAAAGUCAUGGGAUGGAAAUCUGCACGUCAAGCGGGUCAAGCUGGCCAUCCCCUUAAGUCGCCCUCGUUACCUUAAUGCGAGAAAACGCUGGGUUAAGGCAGUGAAGUCCCGUGUACGUGCCCCCAUUCCGACAACGCCAGCGUGGACUAUGCCGACAGUUGUGAGCUUCUCAGCUAUCUUUGGCUCAGCUCCAGCUCAGGUUAAUCUCACUAUGGCUGCGUCAACUGACCCAAUUGUGGUGCCAGCUCCUAUCAUUGAGCAGCCCGUGAUCGCUUCAGUUUUGACUGAGCAAGCGAUAGCCAAGGAAGCUGAGAGUGAGCGGCCUCGCGCCCCUCGCCCUCGAAUCCAAGGUCCCGGCCCGCGCACCUACCCGGUGUAUAAGGCUUACUCGGUGCUUGACCCAGACGCUUUUGAUGUCCCUGUCCCACGAAAUCAGUCCUCUCAACAUAGCAGAAUUGCUAAGGACCUCUCGGAGAUUCGUUGGGCUCAGGCUCACUCAGCUCGUCUGCGUCAGGCUCAGCCAGUCAAUCCGAUUUCAAGUGUCAGAGCCAGUGCGGUGGUUCCAGGACGCUUCGGAUUGCAGGAUGCCCACGUUAACCCUCGGAAGACCAAGGGCUCUCGAGUCGAGCAGCUGCGAGCGGAACAAGUGAACUGUCCUCACAUGGUUGAUUCUGGGCUUGAAACCCCAGUUUCGGCCCCAACCGUUCCUGACCACGCUGUGGCUGAAGUCGACUCUCCGAAGGCCGCUUUUUCGGGGGGUAUCAGACAAUUGAUGUCUCUGCUUUUCUGGUUCCUGUCGACGGCCUAUUACGUGAUUGUCAAGGUCAGCGGGUACUCGUUGGUGAGCGUCAUGAUCCUGAUGGCUGUGUUGAUUCCUUUGUUUCCGGUUUUUGUGAAGUUCAUCCUCACAGUCAUGCAGGCCAUUUGGCAGGAGACCCGUCUCAAGGCCCUUGGCCUGGUGUUCUCCUUGGCGCCGAACGUUACCCCGAUUUCAAGAGCAAUGCUCGUAUCCAUGGGGUUCGUUCAGCGUCACUACCCCAGCCGUCUGCUUCUCAUCCUGGCCCUGCUGGUCUUAAUUGAGUACGUUGUGUACUCUACCCAGUGGAAGGGCUACGAGAGGCAGUACAUCCGUCAUCUUGACUACCUACGCUACGGUCGUUUUCGCGAAUGGCCGUGGCUGGAAAAAAUUGACUUCUGGGUGACUAGGUGGCUCGCAGAUCAUCGUGGGACACAGGGUUAA